UCCAAAGUAAAGAAGUGUGCUUGUGACGCAAUACUCAACGGUUUUUAUAAUAAUCUCUGGGUGUAAGCUGUGCUACCGCGUUUUUGCCUAGAAUAUCGGUUUGUACUUAGUCGGUGUAACUUAACGACCAAUAGUGUAUAUAAGUUUACGGUGGCUUUGAAAUAGGUGUCUUUUGAUGUAAUUGGACGUGUUUUGAAAUGGAGGCUGCUGGGGUGAACUAUGAUUCUGACACAACAAUAGAACUCGAUUCAGACGGAGAUGAAGUCAUGUUUGCUGAUGACAGAGAAGAAUCACUACAAAGGCAAGAAACAUCUAUGGAAGUUCCAGGUACCAGUGCCAGUGUGCAGUCCAUCACGCAGUUUGCACCUUCGACUUCUCAGUCAACAGCAUCUCCAUCUGUUGCUGGAGCCCUGGAUCAAGAUUCUCUGCAGCUUGAGAGAUCGUCACCUCAAAAAUCUCAAGGUGAUGGUAAGAAACAAGUAAACUGUGACAAAGCGAAAGAUCAUUAUGAUGAUGGAAGCAUGUGUUCUAUAUGCUUGGAAAUGUGGUCCAACUCUGGAAAUCAUCGCUUGUCAUCUUUGCGUUGUGGGCAUUUCUUUGGUCAUAGCUGCAUCAUGCGUUGGCUGAAGUCAGGAAGUCAAAACGGGAUGAAACGAUGUCCACAAUGUAAUGAGAAAGCCAGAAAGAAAGAAAUCCGUCUACAUUAUGCUCGUAAACUGCAAGCCCUUGAUACCGCAGAUAGAGACUGGUUAAAAGGUCAACUGGAUACAGUCAAAAGGGAGAAAAACAUGUUAGAACUGGAAUUGGCAAGGGCAAAUCUGAAUCAGCGGUUGCUCCAAGAAGAACUAUCAGAAUUACGACAGACGCUAAUGCAGAUGCAAGAAACAGAAGCAAGAUGCACAAGACAUGACGUGCAGAAAAGUGACCCAACCUCAGUAAAAAAUAUGGGAUUUUAUCGCAGUUUUCAGGUACACGCGGGUGAUUGUCGUGUUUUAGCGUAUAACAAGUAUCUGUCCCUUCUUGUUGCGUCCCAAUACUACCCCGUAUUUCGCAGUUACGGACUUUCGAAGUUUGAUACUAGGAUAUUAAACUCGCCACAGAUGUUUCCAAUACAUGAGAAAGAAAUAAGAGACUUGGCUUUUCAUCCAUUGCGUUAUGACAUGUUGCUCAGCGUGUCAUUGGAUCAAAGCGCCAAGUUGUUCGAUGUGGCUAAUAAUAGGAUUUUUGAGAUUUACCCCUCCGACAAUCCACUGUGGAGCUGCUGCUGGGAUGUUGUUAAUACAAAUUUAUUUUAUGUUGGUACAAGCAAAGGAGCUGUAAUUCAGCAUGAUAUAAGAUACUCAACGAAACCAGUGUGGAAAAUAACGACGCCAAACGAUUCAUCCCCAGUAACGUCAAUAGCUGCGAUACCGGCGUGUCCUGGUAGAACGUUAGCACGAGGUGGAUUUUUAGCUUGCACACUGAACAGUUGUUGGGCAUAUGAAGGGUGUGAUGCAGAUUAUGUUGGAACACAACUUCCCUUUGAUGGACCAUUUGUGUCACUGAAGUAUGAUAAAGCGUCUGAUCACGUGUUGAUAUCGACACGACCCAACAUUCAUUUCCCGUAUUCACGUCAUAUCGUGUGUCAGUUACCAAAGACGUCUGCCGAUUCGCGCCCGGACGUCAUUUGCGCUCCUGUUCACACGUUCCAGGGCGGCACGAGUCAGAAGCUGCUGUCACGACCGUGUCUGGUGCCUGUAUGUGGAGAAGACACGUUGGUUGCUGCCUAUCAAGAGAGCUUGAAAACUAUUGCUCUGUGGAGCAUGUCUUCAGGAGAACAGAUACUGACCUGCCCAGCGUAUCUACCAUUGAUAGAUUUAUGUCCAAUAGGAAACAACAGUUCCAAUUACUUGGUAGCAUUAUCAACAAGAUCAUUUGCACUAUAUCAUUAUAACUAAAUUCUACUCUGUUAUUUAGGAAUUUCGCAAAACAGAUGGAGAGGGUAACUACCAUUGUAUGGGAUCCAUGGUCAAAGUAAAGGAGUAUAAAGUUGUGUUACACAUUCCAAGAAACCGCAUUAAGCUUGGAAACUCCACAUAACAGUUUAUAAAGACUUUUUUUUUGAAGCAGCAGUCUGGUCUUACCUUUAUGCCUGACUGUACUCUUAAAAUAUUUUGUUUCUGUUUGUCUGAAUUGAUUUCGUAACAGCACUUGCAUUUACCUUAAGCUGAUAAUGCUGAAAAUGUAUAAUUUUAUAGAGACAGUUAUAUUACAGUUUUUCUUUUCUAACUUUUAUGUUCAAAUUUUUUGCAUGUUGCAGUUUUUCUUUUUUAAGUUUUGCGUUGCCAGUGACGUGGAAUGUGGCAGGCGUAAGAAGUAAUAAUGAGUAAUAUUUUGUGAAUGUUUUAUGGCCAAAGGUAUGGUCUGGUACCUGCAGUACAGCAGGACUCUAAUGGACGUUGUUGUCGUCAUCAGUUGUGUUUAUUCUCAUAACACUGAAAACUUUUUGUGGUACAGAACACUGUGUUGAAUUUUAUUAGGUGCUGGACCACACUGGUUUAUAGAUUCUUCUCAUAAAUAUAACAUUACUUUUUUUUUCUCCCCAUUUUUUAAGUAAAUGCCUUAAAAUUAAAGUAAAAGGGGUUCAAAAUUUGUUUUACUGUAGUUAUAAAACUGAGUUUGUGCUGACAAAGUCUUCAGGUGGAACUGGUGAACACACAGCAGGAAACAUAUAGAGAUACGAAGACGGCUGCGUUCUGGGUUGCAGCGCCAUGUAAUAUGGUGGAAGUUUACAUAUGUUUCAGAAGUUCUUGCUGCCUCCAUCAUCAAAGUGAUAGAGGCUGCAGGGACCCCUGAAAUGUUGGUAAACUUCUAACAUAUUACAUGGCGCUGCAACCCAGAACGCAGCCAACUUCUUACUUGCUGCCAUGUAAACCUCAAAUCUCACAUUUAUGAAUGUUUCUGUAACCUAAAAUUAAGCCACAGCUCUCUGGAAUCUGUAUGUAACCUUGAUCAGAUAUUAAACAGAGGAAAGAUUUACAGUGGUACAU